UGAACAAUAAAAAAGGUUGAAAGAUAUUUUAAGAAUGGCGAACUGUAUGCGGAUGCCGAUGGUGUCAACAACAUCUUGUAUAACAAGUGAGAAACGGCGGCGUAGUUUAUGUGUAAUAAACAGGACAAAGAUUCCGAUGCCUCCUCUGAACCCUAAAGACCCAUUUUUAUCAAGGCUUGCUUCAGUAGCUGCGACAUCCCCAGAUACUCUCCUCAACAGGCCCACAAAUUCAGAUACUCCUCCCUUUCUAGACAUAUUUCACUCCCCCAACCUAAUGGCUACCCCUGCCCAGGUUGAGAGAUCAGUUUCAUACAAUGAACAUAGACCUAGAAGACCUCCACCAGACUUGCCCUCAUUGUUGUUGCAUGGAAGAAUAGUUUACAUUGGCAUGCCGUUGGUGCCAGCUGUUACCGAGCUUGUUGUAGCUGAGUUGAUGUAUCUUCAGUGGAUGGAUCCCAAAGAGCCAAUUUAUCUAUACAUAAACUCCACUGGAACUACCCGUGAUGAUGGUGAAACUGUUGGGAUGGAGACUGAAGGCUUUGCAAUUUAUGAUGCGAUGAUGCAAUUGAAGAAUGAGAUACAUACAGUUGCUGUUGGAGCUGCUAUAGGGCAGGCAUGCCUCUUGCUUUCUGCAGGAACCAAAGGUCAAAGGUUCAUGAUGCCACAUGCUAAAGCAAUGAUUCAACAGCCUCGUGUUCCAUCAUCUGGUUUAAUGCCAGCCAGUGAUGUUCUCAUUCGUGCAAAAGAGGUAAUAAUAAAUAGGGAUAUUCUUGUCAAACUUUUGGCAAAGCACACUGGAAAUUCAGAGGAGAGUGUUGCCAGUUUGAUGAAAAGGCCAUUUUAUAUGGACUCAACUAGAGCUAAAGAAUUUGGUGUGAUUGAUAAGAUACUCUGGCGUGGGCAGGAAAAGAUUAUGGCAGACGCUGCCCCUCCAGAGGAGUGGGACAAGAAUGCUGGGAUUAGAGUUCUCGAUGCAGUCUAGGUAGGUAUAAAUUCCCAAUUAAAUGGAUCAUCACAUAGGGGCCCGGUCCCCUUACCAAUCCGACACAGCUUUUUACAUUGGGAUAAACUAGGGUUGUCGAUGCAGCCGGAGAGUUCUCUAAUGAAAAAGCCUCAAACAAUAUGUCUCUAGACUGCUUUGUAAUUGAUUCACUUUAUUCUAAUAAACUAUCUUGUAUUUUAUAUUGCACAUUUUUUAGUUACAUGUUUUAUGUAUGUAGAAUGAUAUAUGAAGGCAUGAGAUUACUAAAGGAGACGGUUUUAUAUUUCUGUA